AUGUCGUGCGGUGUUCCGCAGGGGUCGGUGUUAGGGCCACUCUUGUGGAACAUCGGCUACGACUGGGUGCUUCGUGGUGCCUUCUUGGAUGGUGUCGCCGUCGUGUGCUACGCGGACGACACACUCGUGACGGCGCGCGGCAAGACGCACCACGAGGCAACCCUGAGGGCCACGGCCGGGGUUGCCCAAGUCGUUGAGCGUAUCCGGCGGCUGGGUCUCGAGGUGGCUCUGCACAAGUCCGAGGCCCUGUUCUUCCACGGGCUUCGGAGGAAGCCGCCUGAGGGAUCUAGCCUCACGGUAGGAGGCACUCGCAUCGGCAUCGAGCCCUCGAUCAGGUAUCUGGGGCUCGUACUCGAUGGCCGAUGGGACUUCGGAUAUCAUUUCCGAGGUCUGGUCCCUAAGUUGGUUGGGGCAGCGCGUGCGUUGGCGCGGCUGCUGCCCAACAUGAAGGGACCCAAUGACUCCUGCAGGAGACUCUACUCGGGGGUUGUGCGGUCCAUGGCCCUUUACGGGUGCCCGGUAUGGGCGGGGGCCCUGAAGGCCAGCAACGUCGCGAUACUGCGACGACCGCAGCGAAUGCUGGCCAUCAGGAUCAUAAUGGGGUACCGCACGAUCUCCUUUGAGGCAGCGAGUCUCCUGGCCGGAACUCCACCGUGGGACCUGGAGGCGAGAGCCCUUGCGGCACUGUAUCAGUGGCGCAAGGAGGCGCAGGAGUUGGGUCGAUGCCCCGAGACUCGAGAAAUCGAGGACCGGAAAUCCCAACUCCGCCAGGUCAUCAUAGGGGAGUGGAGGGAACGACUCGGGCAACCGAGCGCCGGGCACGCCGUCAUUGCGGCGGUAAGACCCGUUAUGGAGGAUUGGCUCGAGAGGCGUCACGGGACCCUCUCAUACCGAUUGACGCAGGUGAUCACUGGGAAGGGAUGUUUCGGAGAUCACCUGUGUCUGAUCCGCAAGGAGCCAACGCCUGAGUGCCACCACUGCGAUGGCCAGACCGUGGACACGGCUCUCCACACGCUGGCAGAGUGCCCGGCGUGGGUUGAGCAGAGGCGAGACCUCGUGGCGGCCAUCGGAGUGGGAGUUCUCUCGCUCGAUAGCCUGAUUGCGGCUAUCGUGCGGAGCGAGAGUGCGUGGAACUCUGCCGUCUCCUUCUGCGAGCAAGUUAUGCUCGCGAAGGAGACGGCGGAGCGGGACCGGGAGAGGUUUAGAACUCUCCCGGCCCGCCAGGCCCGGGCACGGGCCAGGCAGCGCAGGCGACUCAGGCGCCGGAGGUCGCAGAACGACCUCCGUCCUCCAUAA